AUGGCGGCGACAGCGUGGUCGUUAAAUCCAACAGUGACUGUCAAAGUCUACAAGAAUGGUAACCCCAAUUUUCUUGGAAAAACACUUGUUAUCAACCGACGCCACAUACGUAAUAUGGAGGCUCUGUAUGACGAGGUAACGAUGCACAUUUCAGCCUUUAACGCCGUGCGAAAAAUAUGUACACCGAUCGGCGGGCGACCAGUUCAGAGCCUAGAGAAUAUCAAAAAUAAGAGCGUAUACGUGGCUGCAGGGAGGGAGUGUUUUAAAAAGCUAAACUAUGCAGAUCUGGGCAUAAGAAAGCCUCGCCCUCCGCGAAAGGCGAACUAUUACCCCAGGAAAGCCGUCAUCGUGGCCGAAGGAAGGCACAAGAUGGAUUACGAAUGGGCGAAAAGAGACCUAAAGAUCAUCCACGUGUUUUGUAAUGGAGACGUGUUCAAACCGAGCGUCAAGAUUGUUCUUCAAAGACGCCUUCAGCAAAGCAUGGAACAGAUUUUAGGCAUUGUGCAAGAACACGUUUUCCUAGCGGCUGCCAUUGUAUUGUACACAAUAGAGGGCAAGCUGGUUUUCGCUCCCUCCCAGUUGAUCAGUGGACAAAAUUACGUGGCUGUGGAACGAGGGAGGAUGUUUAAACGAGUGAAUUAUGGCGCGGCUUCCUCUUUACUUUCUAAAAGUCCACGAGGGCCUUUCUUGCCUUUGAUCGGCAACGGACAACUAACCAACACAGUAGGACGCUCGUCUCCAAAGAAGAUUUCAAAACGAAAACUGCAGGUCACAAAAACCAACGUACAAAACAAAUCCAUGGAACACACAACAGGCAAUCAGUCAAGUGUCACCUCUAUGAUCGUGGAGUCGCCUCGUGAUGUUAUCUCUAACAUGUCCCCUGACCCCCCACUGGCCACUUCACUGUUACGUGCAUCACAAGACAUCCAAGAUAGUUUCACCAUCUCUGCUUCACCACCAACACAACUUGAGGGCGAUACUCCCGUUCAAGAGUACGUUGCUCUACCGAUAAAACAAAAUGACAAUGAUGUUCGUUCAGUUGCUGACAGUGUGUUCAAAGCGAGUGGUUUACAACAAGAAAAAGCAGCUGAAAUAAGGGAGAGCCGUCAAACGAAGGAAGAAAAACCAAUAGACCUACUUCCGGCGGAAGAGAUUCUAGAGGAAGUGCUCCAGGAGGUAGAAGACGCAAAGACUUCCAUCGAGAAUUCUCACGUGCCAAACAAGGACGAGACCCACAAUGGAGAAGUUGAAGACGACGUUGAAGUUAUAGAGGAUGAAUCCAACUUGAUUCAAGUAGCGGACAGAACAACUCAGUCCCAGGCGCAAGCUUGGCAGCAUGAAGAGCAAGAAAUAGCUGCUCACGAUAAUAACUCCGAUAAAAGGAUAAAAAAUUCUCGCCUCUCGCCAAAAGAAUACCGCGAGGAUCCCUCAGCCUCGAUUAAAGAUCGAGAUGAAAAGUCUUCUGUUGACGACAUUCCAACACGAGGAGACGUGAAAGAAGGCGAAAUACAGCCGGAGUCUUUGUCUCAGCAAAAACCUGCCAACUCCACGGACGAAGAAGAGGAACAAAACACAUCUCCAGCCUCGGAAACGGAAAAAUCUGAGAAUGAAGAUUCUGAUAAAAGUGAGGAGAAAAAUGAAGAUGACAAUGAAGGAAAAAAACAAAUAGCCAACAAGGAAUCAGAAUCAAGCGAUUCUCGCAAAAUUUCGAAACCAGACAACAUUUCUAAUGACGUUGAUAAAACCAGCUAUAUUUCUUAG